AUGGAUCAUAUGGGCUUUCAGAUGCCUCACAUGGCGGGCCCGCCCCCCAUGAUGAACCAGCCGCCGCAGAUCUUUGGAGCCUACACCCCCGACGGCAUGCCCGUUCAGCACAUGCCUCCCGAUCUCGCCGCCCACAUGUUUGGGGACCCCUCAACGCUGCUUGACGAUGCCAACGAGGCAAAGAGGAGAAGAAUCGCGAGGGCUUGUGACAUGUGUAGGAAGAAGAAGAUCAAGUGCGACGGCAAGCUGCCCGCCUGCAGCCACUGCAUAAACUACAAGACGGACUGUGUCUUCACCCAGGUAGAAAAGAAGCGCAACCCACCUAAAGGUGCCAAGUAUAUUGAAGGACUCGAGAAUCGACUCGGACGCAUGGAAAACCUCCUGAGGCUCUCAGGUCUCCUCAGUGAAGACGAUGAUGGUGACACGGAUCUCGGUACCCUCGAGAAGCGCUUAGCGGAGAAGCAACAGCAGUCGAGACAGGCCUCUCAGGCUUUUUCUAACCCGACCUCGCCGUCGCAGACAACGUCAGGGCAAAACGACCGCACGGCAACGCCGCAUAGUGGCGCAGAAUCGCCCGAGUCAACCAAGGAUUCCCACAAAGAAGCCAAGGACGGCGACAAGCACAUGGCCACGGUGUCCGAAGAGAAGGGCAACGAGGAGGAGGUCGAGGCACUAUCCGAGCUCAUGUGCUCUCUGGUUACGAACCAGAGUGGCGAGACUCGCUACUUCGGCUCCUCCUCCGGGUUUUCCAUCUUUUCUCCCAAGGGAAUCGAGUGGGUAAACGAGAAGACGGGCGACAACUCAUUCCAGCAGAUGAUUUCAGAGGUCUCGCUUGACGAUCACAAGUGGACUGCCUGGAAGCCCGAGGUCUUUAGUGAUCUCUUCCGCCGGCCCAUCUUCAGGCCUCUGCCUCCCAAGGUCGAGGCGCUGUCUCUGCUCAAGGACUUCUUCGAGAACUUCAACUGCAUGUUCCCCUUGUUCCACCAACCUACCUUCAUGCAUCUGGUCGAGCGGCAAUACUCGGACGACCCUUAUGAGGGCACCGGAUGGUGGGCGAGUUUGAACUGUGCCUUGGCCAUCGCCCAUCGCCUGCGCGUCAUGAGCAACCUCGUGCCGCAAGAGGAGGACGACAAGGCUUGGGGAUACAUCAAGAACGCCCUGGGAACCUUUGCCGAGCUGACGAUGCGUAACACUGACUUGCUAAGCGUGCAAGCCCUGCUCGGGAUGGCGCUCUUCAUGCAGGGAACCCCCAAUCCCCAGCCCACCGUCCUACUCGUCGCCACGGCCAUCCGGCUCGCCCACACCAUCGGCUUACACAAGCGAGGAACGGGUUUCAACCUCAACCCCAUCGAAAUCGAGCAGCGGAAGCGGGUUUUCUGGAUCGCGUACAUGCUGGACAAGGACCUGUGUCUUCGGGCGGGUAGGCCGCCGGCGCAGGACGACGACGACCUGAGCGUGGAACUGCCCGACGCCGACCCCGAAGAUAAUAUUGGCAACAUCCCGUUGGCUGAUGGCAAGGGCAAGAUGAACCUGUUUAGGGUCAUGUGCGAAUUUGCGACCAUCGAGAGCAAGGUAUACUCCCGACUCUACUCGACAAAGGCCACUAAGCAGUCGAACGGGGAGCUCCUGAACACCAUUGGAGAGCUUGACCAAGAACUCGAGGAAUGGAAGGACAGGAUUCCGAUUGACUUCAGACCGGAGCACGAGAUCAAGGCGUCGCACACGCCCCUCAUCUUGCACGUGGUCAUGCUUCACCUGACCUACUACAACUGUCUGACGACGAUCCAUCGCAUGUCGGUCCACCACGGCUACUGGACAAGUCGACUGUCCAACUAUGCCAUCCAGGGGCUCAACGCCAAGCCCCUGAACCCGCGUGUCUUCUCCUCUGCGGCUCUUUGUACUGCUGCUGCCAGAGCAUCGAUUUCGCUUCUGAAGUACAUGCCGCAAGGGGACUCUCCGAGUGUGUGGUUGAUCUUAUACUUCCCAGUGUCGGCGUUGAUGACGCUAUUCGGAAACAUCCUACAAAAUCCCCUGGACCCUAGGGCAAAAUCCGACACGAGGUUGAUGAAUUUGGUCGUCAACUACUUGUCAAUGCUUGGGCAGGAAGCCGAAACGGGUGGUGUUCAUCGCAUGCUGGGUGUUUGUUCAGAAUUCGAGAGGGUAGCCAAGCUCGUCAUCGAGAAGGCGGAGAGGGAGCAGUCCUCGCGCAGGAAACGAAAGAGUGACGCCGGUAUAAAGACGACAAGCCCAGCCGCGACGACUCACACCCCUCGACCGACUGCCAUAACAACGCCAAAACCUCACAACAUGCACGCGGCGGGCACGCCUUUGGUGACAAAUGGCCAGCUGUCACCGGAUUUCAACGGCGACGCCAACCGCCGGAGGCACGCCUUCAGCCCCAUGCAGACAACGUCGAUGCGGGAACCAUCACCCGCUCUGCCAUCCGCCGGGUGGCCGCAGGAGUUCAACAUUCCCGACCAGGCAAGCUUUGGCAACUACGCAGAGAUGCAAGGUAUCGCAGGAUCCAACAACCCGCGCUCACCUCAAGCGCACAUGGGCGCACCGUUCCAGCAACCCCUUUUGCCUCAAGACUUGUUCUCGCUUCCCAUGACGCUGGACUGGGACUGGGCCGAGAUGAGUGGUGGCGCGUACCCGACUGUGGAGAACGGUAACGUUGGUUGA